CUGAUGGCUGCACGCAUUCUGAUCUUGCCUUCCCCCGCCUGCCUGUAUGACGAUCCCGUUCAGGUGAAGAUCGAGGGCCUCUCCCCGCUGCAGGAGGUCACAGUCGCGGCCUCUUUGGUGGAUGAAAGCGGUAACCUUUUCCAAUCGUGCGCUUACUAUCGGGCUGAAGGUAACGGAGAAUUGGACCUCAGCUGCUCCCCCUCCUUGGGUGGGAGCUACUCUGGGGUCGAGCCCAUGGGCUUACUGUGGACGCUGGAAUCCAAGACUCCCCAUAAGAGGUUGAGGAAGAGAAACGUCCUCACCCCUUUCUAUGUCACCUACGAGGUGUACGACGGGCGCGGGGUCACCGGCUCACUCCUUUGCAGCUGCCGCAGCGAGAGGCGCUUCAUGGCCGAGGGCGUGAAAAGAGUGCCCGUCCGAGAAGGCCGGCUCAGAGCCACGCUUUUCUGCCCGCCGGGCCCUGGACCUUUCCCAGCUAUUAUUGACUUGUAUGGAUCUGGAGGCGGACUUGUUGAGUACAGAGCAAGUCUUUUGGCAAGCAGAGGUUUUGUUACACUGGCACUUGCUUUUUUUGCUUUUGAAGAUCUGCCAGCUUUUCCAGAGUUCAUUGACUUAGAUUAUUUUGGUGAAGCAAUAAUGUUCUUGCAGAAAGAACAAAAGGUUAAAUCCAUGAAAAUUGGAGUCCUGGGACUAUCUAGAGGUGCAGAUCUCGCCCUUGCUUUAGCUGCAUUUUGGGCAGACAUCCAAGCUGCUGUCAGCAUUUCUGGCUCGGGGAUAAAUACUUUGGUCCCCUUGAAAGUGAAAGAACAUAUCAUUCCACCCCAUCCUUUUGAAUGGAGGAAGAUGAAACCUACUGAAAAUCCAAAUGUAAUGAAUUUUUAUGAAAUAAUGGAUGACCCUAAAGACCCAUCUACCUGGCCAAGCCGCAUCCCUGUUGAAAAGUCCUUAUGCAAGUACCUCUUCAUAUGUGGACAGGAUGACAAAAACUGGAAAAGUCAAAUGUUCUACCAAGAAGCUGUUAGUUGCCUUCAGCAGCACGGACGCCACGUGGAGUUCUAUUGCUAUCCCGGAGCUGGUCACCUCCUGGAGCCCCCUUAUAUGCCCUUGUGCCAUAUUUCAUUCCACAAGCAAUUUGGGUUUCUUGUAGUCUGGGGCGGAAAGUGGAAAGAACACGCAGAGGCACAGGAAGAUGCCUGGCAAAGAAUAUUGGCCUUUUUCAGACAACACUUGCUGGAGUCAACUUUGAAAAGUAAUUUAUAG